AUGGGCAGAGCACAUCCAAGAGGAAGAGAACAAUCAUUGGAUAGGGAUCUGAACCACCUGAUUCUGAAUCUCACUCCCUUAGAUGACAAUAAUGUGGUGCAAAAAGCUAGAAACUUGAUAAGCAAAGGAAAAGAAGGAACGAAUGAUGCAUAUGUUACAAUUCAAUUGGGUAAGGAAAAAUUUCAAACUAGUGUGCAGGAGAGAGUCAAGAAUCCAGAAUGGCAUGAAGAAUGUGACCUAACAAUAACAGAAAAAGAUAACAGUGUCCAGCUUACUGUUUUUCACCGUAAUUUUCUUGGGUUGGAUGAAUUCUUGGGACAAGUGUUUAUACCUUUAGCUAACCAUGAUAUUCACGAAGUUCCCCAAAACAGGUGGUUUAAGCUUCAAGGAAAGUCUAAGAAAGAGAAGUAUCGAGGAGAACUUGAAAUCCAGUUUGCAUUUGUAGUUCGUAGUACCACCUUUACAGGGAGUCUAAUGGAUCUGAGCACAUCAAAGAAAAGUAAAACUGAUUCCUUAAAGAGAAUGGCCAGUGCUGUGGGUCAUAAAUUGCAUCAUCUACCAAGUCGUUCCUUAUCUCUAAAGCUAGACCAUUUAGACCCUCGACAUCAAAUGGUGCGUUUUAAGGAAAAGCAUCUCAGGCAUUCAAAUCUGUACCAAACAAAGCUGAAGCCUCAGGAAACUAAAGAAGCCUUGAUUGAAGAAUGGACUUAUUGUGAGCAUCCCAAAAAACAACAUUCAACUGUUAAGCAAGUAAAUGAAUCACAGAAAAUAAUAGAAGAAACAGAGUUACCAAGUGUUGAGGAGAAAGCAGAUCUCUCAGAUCAUCAGUCAGAAUUACCUUCCAUAUCAGUAUCUGUGUUCAGACAUACAGGAAAUAAAUCUUCACCAGAAGAAUUUUCAAAUUCUGCAAAAGAUAAUGUGGAAAAGACAGAAAUGAAGAAACCACUGCAG